GUCUCGCACAAAUAAAAGUUUGCGGAGAAUUAUGCUCAAGUCCUAAAUUACAUUUUCUUUUGACAAUGAUUUUUUGUGAUUCUGAAACUGUAGGAUAUGACCAUGUCCAAAGUAUAUCCCCGUUGUGAUCUUUUUCUAAAAAUAAUCAUUUCAAAUUAUUUUCUUAGAAUAAAUACGUAUUAAAUAUUUAUAUUUGUUUUUUAUAAUUAAUAUAUAUAUAUAUUAUCUUAUAUAUAGAAAUUCUAAACUUACCGAUUAUACUACAGGACAAUAAAUCUGUGAGCGGUGCCAUAUCGAGAAAAUUAGUCGUACAUUAUUUCUAAAAAAAAUAACAUUUUAUUGUUGCGUGUAUAUAUAUUUAUAAUCUCAUAUGUUUAGUGUAAGUAAAUGACAUAUCGUAGAUAAUGGAAUUCAGAUAGUCAUUCGAUUGAUAUUAUCAAAUUAUAAAGUGUUAUAUUUACAAAUAUUAUUGUUAAGUUAUGACGACGAAAAUCCAUGACGCACGAUAAAACUGAAGUCGAUUAAAUCGCACUAUACCUUCUGAUAAUAUUGUAAUAUUGUAUUUGAUAAUAAUUUUGACAAAAUGCGUUUAAGAACUUACAAAAAAUGCUUGUAUUAUUUGAUAUCAAGUGGUACUUGUAUGGUAUUCAUAGGUGGUUGCUGGUUUUUAUAUCAAUUGCGACAGACAUCACAGAUUCUUCGAUCCACUGUAACAACAGAUAUUCUUAAUUUAGAACAAACACGCAAAUCAUACAUAUAUAUUGAUAAACCUCAAUACAAAGAUAUCUUUACAUUUCAUGAAAAAGAAAAUCAAUAUACAUCAGAAAGACAAUCUGCAGAUAAUCAUGAUGUAACCAAUAUUUUAGUUAGAUUCAGUUAUAAUGUAACUAAUAUUGUACCUAUAAUGGUUGAUAUUAUAACAGAGAGAUGGAAAAUGUUAAAUCGAAAAUUAGCAUAUGCAUUUUUUAAUGUAGCUCGUUUUGGUGAUGAACAUGAAAGAAUAAGAGCUGCGACAGCUUUAUGUUCUUUAAAUUAUUUAGAAGAUUGGCAUUAUCAAAAUAUGGCACAGAUGUUAGAUGCUAGGACAGCUAUUGCUCUUGCACGUACACCAAAUGUUGAUCAACGCUUUUUCUUAAAACCACCUUAUUUUCAUAUGGAAUAUAAUUUGCAUGAUGUAAUUGAGAAAGUCCAUAACAUGCUGUUACAUUUGAAUUCAUUAUGUAAUAAAUUACAUCCAUGUCUCACACAGUUUCUUCAGAAAAAAUUUGGAGAUUUAUUUAGAGAUGGUUUAAUGUUUGAACAUGAUUUACCAAGUAUGGGUUUGGCAAUUCCUCCAACAAUUAUAUGGAAUGAAGAAUUACUUCAAAACUGUGUCCAAACAAUUUAUCAUCAUUCCUCUCUUGAACAGUAUAGUAAAGAUAUUGUUAAUGCCAAUGGUCUUCAGAUACUUAUGUUAAUUUACAAAAUUUUCAGUGAUAAUAUUGACAUGUGUAUAAUACUUGCCAAUAUACUUUCUAAUAUAUCACUUCACACUGAGUAUUUAGAUGAUUUUUUUCAAUCAGGUUGGUUGAGUAUAUUAGUCACAUGGUCUAAGAAUAAAGAUAUAAGAUUAUCAGUACCUGCAGGAUGUGCUUUAGCAAAUUUAGAUAUAGAUAAAAAUAAACAUAUCAAAUAUCAUAGGCAUGUAUAUCUUCUUCAUCCAUUGCAUAGAAGUGAUACAACAUCAAAACUAGAUGUUAUCUUUUUGCAUGGUUUACUUGGUGGAGUAUUUGUAACGUGGAGACAGAGAGAUAUAAAUAAUGAUACACAUAAAUACGAAGGUUUGUCACUGGUAUGGAUAAUUAAUUUAGAACAAAAUGUCCUACAUCAAUUUUGUAUAAUACGUGUGAUUUUUUAUGUAAUAAAUAUAGAUCCUAUUAAUAUGAAACAUGAAAAUAGUUAUAUGUCUACUUUGAUCAGUGAUUAUCCCAAAGAAUUUUUCAAAGAUUUGGCUUAUGAUUUGCAAAUACGUGCAUGGAAAAAAUUAGGCAGAGAUUACGAGGUGAUACUUGAUGAUUGUCCUGUAAAUAUUAAUUAUCAAUUAACUGGUCCAUUUACUUGUAAAGGAACACAAUGUUGGCCAAUGGAUUGGUUACCUCGAGAUGUACCAUACCUUCGAAUUCUCGGUGUUAAUUAUGAGACAAAUUUAUCAAUGUGGACUCCUUUGUGUCCAAUAGAGAGCUUGAAGAGUACGAUCAGUGAAAGAAGUAAUGAAUAUAUUAAUAAAUUAUUGAUAGCAGAUGUUGGAAAACGACCAAUAAUAUGGGUUUGUCAUUCGAUGGGUGGUUUAUUAGUUAAAAAAAUGCUCGUCGAAGAAUGGAAAAGUGGGGAUAAGCAUAACAUAUGCAAAAAUACACGUGGUAUAGUAUUUUAUAGUACUCCACAUCGUGGUUCGCACAUAGCUGCAUUAACGCAAGCAACACAAAUGCUUUUAUGGCCAUCAAUAGAGGUGCAGGAAUUACGACAAGAAUCACCGCAUCUUCUUGGAUUGCACAAAGAUUUUAUUGAAAUGUUAAACGAUUAUCCUAUAAAUAUUGUAAGUUUCAGUGAAACAAAAUCUACUCUGGUAACUGCUUUAAAAUUUCCAUUUCAAUUCGUCACUCCUAAUUCAGCAGAUCCUGGUGUAGGUGAAUUUUUUGAAAUUCCGCAGGAUCAUUUAACAAUCUGUAAGCCUGCUAAUAGGCGAUCGUUUUUAUAUCAAAAGCUCUUAUGCUUACUUCGACGUCAAAUAGAAAUUCAAAAAGAAACAAAGAGUUCAAUAUUCAUGAAUCUAACAUGGCCAGAUAGAUUAUUGCCAAAAUAAAUGAUGUUCCUUAUCUUUACUCUCGUUGCUCUCUUCUGAUGCUUUAUUAUUUCGUACUUAUUCAGGAUUAUGUCUUUCGUGCCGACAAGAAAGAAGACAACAAGAAGGAACAAGCAUGGUGGAAUUGCUAGGUGCGACAUUUUCAUCAUCCGCCAAACUUGAAUCCCUUAAAAUAUUUCCAAUUUUUUUCAAAUCUCGUUCACUCCCGUUUUCAAUGUAAAAUCAACGUAAAUUUCAUGAUUAAGUACAUCCCGCGAACGAAGUCACACAGCUUGGCUGCCUGUUAAUUUUGAUUUCGCAAAUGAGAUAAUUUCUUUUCUUCUUUUUUUUUUUUUUCUUCUUUUCUUUCUUUUGUUGUUUUCUCAGGUAUUUAUAACAGCGAACGCGUACAUUGUUCUCUAAACAUACGAUCGCGGCCACGGUACGGCCCUCACUGCUAAGAGAACGAAUAGAAAGCAAAAUCUUACUUUCACUUUGUCCCCGUAGCUACCACACCAAUCGCUCGCACCUCUUAGAAGAGAUCGCCUCGAGGCCAACGAGAUUCUCUCUCUCUCUCUCUCUCUCUCUUUUUCUUUCUUUCUUUCUUUCAUUUUUUUCUUCCUUCGUAUCUCCCGAUUUGCUGUGAUCUCUUGAUCUUUUCUCGAUCGAUAAAAUUUAAUCUAAUAUUGUGAUAAAGAAAUGUUAUGUUUAACAUUAUGACAAAAGACAAAAAAGAAAAUAUUGUUAAUUACAGAAAAUAAAUACCAUUUUUUUGAAGAACCUUGGAUAGAGAUCAAUGUUGCAUUGAUAUAAAUGAAGCAAGAACAUGUAUGAAGAAUUAAGGGAUUCUUGUGGAUCAAUCUUCUUCAAAAAGAAUUUUCUUUACGAUCGACGAAGGAAAUUGCUAACAAGUUAAAUUUGAUUAAAAAAAAAAAACAAAAAAAAAAACAAAAAAAAAAAAAGAAAAAAAAAGAAAGAAAAAAAAAAGAUAAAAGAACUAAAAUUUAACUAAUACAAAUAUAAAUAAAAUCAUUUUCAUAAUAUAGAUUUUUAUAUGGAGUAUACUGAGAAAAUACAACAAUAUACUGGCUCUUGAUACAACUCUACAAUGAGUAUUAUACGCUUUACAAUUUCUCAUUUAUCAUACUCAUGAAUUUUGUAUAUAAAUUCUUGUUGUCUUUCUUGGUUUAAGUUGUUGAUAAUGAUUAAUAUACAGAAGCAAUUGUUCGUGGAAACUUUCAAUAUCUUCGGACAAGUAUGUAAUGCAUUCCUAUAACAUCAAGUACGGAGAGGAAUAUGAACUAUCGUAGAGCAUCAGAUUAUAUUCUAGUCGGUUCCUUUUUUUUUUUGUUUUUGUUUUUUUUUUUGUUUUUUUAAUCUUUUUUUUUAUCAUAUACUUACAUUUAUUACGCUGUGUUUGUAUAACUGGUUCAAAUAACUUAACUUUUUGAAAGAUCUUCUAUAAUCGUGCGUUUAAAAAAUAUACCUCAUCUGAUUGUCAUAAAUUGCCUUAUGGUACACGUUUCUUUAAAGAAAUUAUUUUCUAACAUAAAUAAUUAAUAAAUUAUCAUCAGUUACACAAUUUCAAACGCACACAGCUGAGUUGAGUGUUCAUCUCAUGCAUUCUAAAGUUUUGCCUUUACACAUGAAAAUUUAUAUAAAAGAAUUAUAAAAGCAUAUUUUGCACUAUAAACCGGACAAUCCUUUAGAUCUUAAAUCUGAUAAUGUAAUAAAUACCUAUGUAUUUAUUUUCAUAAUACACUUUUUUGCCUUAUAUGAUUCUCAACGGAUAAGUCAGAUUGUAACUUAGUACUCUGUAUAACACGGCACACGUUUAACUGUGUGGAAUUGGUGUUAUUUUAUUGAUACCUAUAAUUACAUACGAUUAUCACCUUGCGUGUAAAGUACUUCAAUCCAACUAUAGCAAUAGAUUCAAUAACUCAUUUUCUUUUUGGGCACCACAUUUAUGUUUUCACUUGUUGAUUCAAAUGUUUUAACUGAAAUAAAAAUAAUAUAUCAUAUUUGCACAUUGUAUUGAUUUUUGUUUUCUUUUUUGUUUUUUUUAUAUUUAUAGUUUGUUUAGAAAAAUUAUCUAAUCAUAUUUACUUCGUGGUUGGUCUUCUUGAUGGUUCAGAUGCUGUGGGAGGUGGAGGUGGUCCUCUUCGUGCUAAUUCUUCCAAAUAUCCCAUUAAUAAUCGCGUUCGUUCGGCAGCUGCUGCUUCUAAUACGAGAAAACGUCGAUCCUUCCUCAAAAUUUCUUCGAUUUCGGCUAGGCAAGCACUAUUUUCUUGCACCUUUUUGUACGUCUUAUCGGUAAUCAACUUUGUUUCCUAAAAGAUUAGUAGAAACAUAAAAGUAUGGGGAAUUAAAUAUGUUCAAUACGUUAACGUAGAAAACAUUGCAUACCUGUAGGAGUUCUCUGAAAUCUGCUUUAGCCGCAACAAGUUUAUCCUUUAUGUAUUCUUUAAAUUCUUUUUCACAUUUCUGUUCAUAAAAAAAAAAAAAAAAAAAAAAAAAAAAAGAAAAAAAAAAGAAAAAAAAAAGAAGAAAAA